AUGGCUUCUGUUGAAACUGAGAUAACCACAUCUCCAGAGAACUCUGAUCACGAUACUGUUUCCAGUGCUUCUUCAAACCCAUCUCGGCAUUCUCCAAAUUUAAUGAAAGAUAUAUAUCUAUGGAAGAAUAAGAAACGGAGUGCAUCAAUCGUUGCUAUUGCAACAGCUAUAUGGGUAAUGCUGAAAGUCUGUGGAUUCAACUUCCUUACAGUUGUUUGUUGGGUCACAAUGAUCAUUGUCACUUCCAGACAUGCCGGAGAUUUCUUUUUAUGGGAAAUUUCAGGGGAAUUUGCAAUGGUUUCACAGAACGCGUUCCUGAUGGCGGCCGAAGGAGGGAUAGUGUGGAUGUUUAAGGUGGGUGUAGAGGAUAAAUGGUUCAUCUUUGUUGGAAUAAUUGCAGGUGUAUUGAUUGUCAUGAGUGUUCCGUUCCUUCUUUUCACGUACGAGGAUAAUAUAAACGGAUUCAGGGAUCGUAUGGAGUGCGAGGCACAGGGAAGAAGAUGGUAUAGAACUGUGGGUGAUAGGUUCCGUAGAGAGACGAAGUCUGAGCACAAGAUUACUGAAGAUGAAGCGAAGAACAAGGUUGCUGAAGAUGAAGCGACGAGCAAAGUUGCUGAAGAUAAAGCGAAGAAGGUCGACUAG